AUGAUUAUAGCUUUUAUUUCUAGGGAGGAAAGAACCCCAGAGGAUGCUAGGAAAAUAAUUAAAACAGCAAAACUUCACGAGUCGGAACUUACUGAUAUUACUCAAGUCUUGAGAUUUCCAGAUCCGAGACUACAUAAUGAUAACUUGAAGCUCAUGUUGUUAGAUGAUAACUUAUUGAAAGAAAUUGAAGCUGGGAAUGAACUUCUCUUCAAAGGGGACCCCGAUGAAAACGUAGUUCUUUGUACAAGUAAUAAAACUUACGAUGUAAAAGAAGCAGAGACAUCUAACAGCCUUCUUUUGAUCCCAGACUUGUUAUUCGGUGCUGCCACGGGUCUUGAUGAGACCAUUAAAAACAACUCCAUGGAAGGCGAUUCCGACUCUUCAUUCGAUAAAUCUAACACAAGUUUGAAUAAAUCUAACGAUUCUGAUGAAGGUACGAGGUUACCACGACAGAUUGUGCAUAAAGAUAUUGUUAACACUUUCUUCACUUACUACGAAGUGAAGCCGUGCAAACCACGCCUAUCAAAACUACAGAAACUGCUAGAAAGUACGAAAUAUCGAGGUCCGGAAUUAGAAUAUGAAGUUGACAAAUCAAAAUUACUAAAUUUCGAUGCUAUACUUGAUCAAGUUCAAGCGUCUCGAGCUGAGAUAGACCAAGAACUCGAGAAAAUUCAAGCUGUCAAAAUCGAUGAGUAUUAUCGUUUACUUGAGUUCGAUUAUGAAUUUCGAAUUUUGUCUUACAUGUUGGAUCUUAUUGAAGAAAAUUCAUGGCCUUUGGAUAGAAUAUCGAGAGAUGUUACUAUGGAUAGUUUAAAAGAACUUGGUCCUAUUCAAGUUUUGCAGGCAAUGUUCAGAUUUUAUACUAAACCAUCCACCCAAGAAGAUGGCGUGCAGUAUUAUCAAUACGAUCAAGCUAAAGUUUGCAGAUUCUUAGCUAGUGUACUGUUGACAAGUGCAAGAAGAUUCAAUUUAGAAGAAUUUCUUCAAGCUUGGAGAGAUUCUGUUCCUGAAGGAAUGGUUCCAGACGAGACCAUGUUGUCAGGGAUAGCUUUAAUAGACAAAUCUUCAACCCCCCACGUGAUUUGGGGAUUCGCGGAAAAUGAAUUACCAGAAGAAAUAAACGAGCGAUUCAAGGUUCUUUUUCAAACAAAACCUAAAUGGACUCUUCAAGAAAUAUCACCUUACAUACAGUGUUACGCCACGGAGAAAUUGAAUGUAAAUGCGUUGUUAACAAAGUACGCUAGAGCUUCUACUCAGGAUGGUAUUCGAGUAUUUUCAGCUAAACAUAUGAACUGAUUGAAUUUUUCGCUUUUUUAAUUUUUUUUUGCCGUUAGCAUUUUAGCCACUGACAGUGUUUGACUUUGUCUUUAAAACGGGGCAACCUUUAAAUAGAAAAUUUUAAAACGGGAUUAGGAAAAGUGAAGAAAAGGGAUCAGGCGAGGAAAUAUUAUGUCCAUCACGUAAUAUGACAUAUAAACC